GCACAAUGUCUUUAAUAGGAUUUACACCGAAGAUCGAAAAUUCUCCUGAAUACCCUCCAGUUUUACAUAAAAAUAUUAUUGAUAUUGAAUAUGGAGAGAAAGACAGAUGUCCUUCGUUGAAAGAAUUGGCUGCUAGAACUGUAGUUCUGAAUAAAAUGGAAGUCAAGCCUGGUGAUAUACCUUCCAAUCUCAUCGAUUAUGUUGAAAACGGACACAAAUGCAUCAUUCCUGAUUGUAAACAGGUAUAUUUUGUUAAGGAGCACUCACGGUUUAGAGCAUAUACUAUAGUCUUGUAUGUAUGUGCCAGCUGUGAGCAGAAGUACAAAGACAUUACUUCUGUCCGUUAG